AUGCCGCCGCCCAAUCCAAGAGUUGCAAAAGCCUUUCGUGCUAUGAAGGGUCUUGGAAUUUCUGAAGAAAAAGUGAAACCCGUCUUGAAAAAGCUUUUAAAAUUGUAUGAUAAAAAUUGGGAACUGAUUGAAGAAGAAAACUAUAGAGUUCUUGCAGACCUCAUAUUUGAAACUGAAGAAGCUCUGCGAGAGAAAAAAGAUUUGGAGAAUGAUGGUCAGAUGGACAAUGAGCCUGAACGUCCUUUAAAAAGGUUGCGGUUAAGGUACCAAGAAGGACAAGCUUCACCUUCUCUCAAUACCUCCAGUCCCAGCCUGGAUGGAAUGACAUUAAAGCGGCCUAAAGUGGAGGAACAUGAACUACCUGAAAGUCGUCUCCAGCAUCAGUCACAAAGUAUGAUUGAGUCACCUCCGAAGAGAAUUGAAUCUCAACCCCCAUCAACCCACUCAGAAAUGCACCCUGUUUCGUCUAAGUCAUUGGUGGUGCAAGAAAGAUCUGAUCCAUCUCGGAUAGGUGACGCUGGCAGAACUCAGCCAGCUGUAAUGAGGAGAAUCAAUUCUAAUCCAAUCUCUUCACCGAUGCGUCUCAGAGACAGGGGAAAGGAGCCUCUCGCUCCUCAAAUUGCUUCCAGGGAGAAGAGUUCAAGUUCUGAUAAGUCAAGUCACGCAGUGCUCUUCAAAGAGACAACAGUUGAGCACGGCAUUGUUCUUUUGCCCAGACAGAAGAAGAUGCAUAACACUCCUGCUUUGAUCACGCCUAAAGAGGAGCCAUUUACAGAUGACGUGUCACAGUUUGAGGUUCCUCUUGCCGUUAUCCAUCCAGAGGUAUUACAUGUAGGACAUUCUUCAUUUGAGAAUGGUCCGCGUCACAAACAACAUGGUUCAGAAAUUCUACCUUCCAAUUCUGUAAAUGGAGAAGAUAAAACUGACGGUGUUUCAGCCUCAUCAAAUGAAACAAGGUCCAAUUGUGAGCUUUCAAUAAUCCCGGAUGAAUCCUCUGCUACCUUGGAAGUUGGUUCCUCGUCCUUUGGAGAAGUGAAAAUCUCUUUAAGCUGUAAGGCUGCUGCUGGAAGUCCUGACUUCCGUAUGCCAAGUUUAGAUGCACUUCUGAAAUUGAUGGAGGAUAAAUGUCUGAGUUCAUACAAAGUACUGGACCCAAAUUUUUGUGUGACGAAACUGAUGAGCGAUAUGUGUGCGUGCGCUUUGGAACUAGGCUCUGCCUUCACUAAUGAAUCACAAGAAACGGUUAUUGAAACAUCUAUUGAUAUAAUGGAAAAAUCUGGUGUAAAUGGUGCUUCAGAUGAUAGAGGCAUGCCAUCUUAUUCUUUAAAUGGGUCAGUUGAUAAGCCAUGUGUUGCUCAGAAGGCUCCACCUCAAUUACUCAGACUUUCUGCUGCUUGCAAUGAUGUGGAUGAUCACAUGCAACUUUGUAAGGAUAUUAUUAGUGAUGAGAGGUUAACUGAGCAGGAAAAGGAACAGAAUGGACUGGAAUGUACAAAUUCUCGAGGUUUGGUGGUGAUUCAGCAACCUAGGUUUAUUCCUGAUGGUAUAAGGGCUCUUCAUGAUGUUAAUGACAUAGCCAAAGGACAAGAAAGACUUACAAUAUCAUUGGCAAAUGAAAUCAACAGCGAGUGUCUGCCAUCCUUUUACUACAUUCCUCAAAAUGUAGUUUUUCAAAAUGCUAAUGUGAAUUUCUCUCUGGCUCGUAUUGGGGGUGAUAGUUGUUGUGCAACUUGUUUUGGUGAUUGCCUGUUAUCAUCUGCACUUUGUGCAUGUGCUCACGAGACGGGGGGUAAUUUUGUAUACACAUUAGAAGGCCUUGUUAAGGAGGAGUUUCUAGACAAGUGUAUUUCUAUGAAUCGUGAUCCUCAAAAGCAUUGCCUCUCUUAUUGUAAGGAAUGCCCGCUGGAAAGAUCAAAAGAUGAUGGUAUAUUAGAGCCCUGCAAAGGGCAUUUAGUGAGAAAGUUCAUCAAAGAAUGUUGGUCAAAAUGUGGCUGCAGUAAACAAUGUGGCAAUCGAGUUGUUCAAAGGGGCAUAAAUUGCAACUUGCAGGUGUUUAUGACUCCAGAAGGGAAGGGUUGGGGUCUUCGUACCCUAGAAAACCUACCAAAAGGUGCAUUUGUUUGUGAAUAUGUUGGAGAAGUGUUGACCAGUGCAGAGCUGUAUGAACGAAUUUUGCGAAUCCCCAGCAGUGCAGAACGUGCAUAUCCUGUACUGCUUGAUGCUGAUUGGGGUUCAGGUGUCUUAAAAGAUGAAGAAGCUCUCUGUUUGUAUGCAACAUAUUAUGGGAAUGUUGCAAGAUUUGUUAAUCACAGUGGAGGUGGAAACCCUGAUCACCACUAUUAUCAUCUAGCCUUAUUCACUACAAGAAAGGUAGAAGCCUCGGAAGAGCUCACUUGGGACUACGGUAUUGAUUUUGAUGAUAAUGAUCACCCUGUCAAGGCAUUUCGCUGCCGGUGUGGUAGCAAGUUCUGCCGAAACAUUAAACGUUCCAGUAGUAAGUACUUUAUUGAUCUAGACACCGGUUAUGACCUUGCCCAGAUGAAGGAAAAUGGUCAAUGACCUGUUUUGAUGGGCUGGUUUUGCUCUCUGAAGUGACUCAGCUUUGGGGUUGUUAUUGAAGCUCUAAGGAAAGUUUCUUGUAUGUUUUGUAAAGGCUAGUUCCAUGUAUGUGCCAUGAAGGGCCAAAACUGUUGAGGUUUUAUGUACAGAUGCUCAAUAUGUGCUGCCAUCUACAAGAUGGAUGUGUUACGUUGCAGGGCCCUGUGCUCAACACCUUUUGGUUGUUUAGUCAUGUUUUGCUGCCUCAAAGUUUGCCAUGUUCACUUCUUCAGGAAAAACGCCAUCGGCAUUUGAAAAUUACACUUUCAGCAUUGUUAAUAAUUAUAAAUUAGGGUUUGUAGCAAGUUUGGUUCUCAAGUGUAU